UCAAUUCACUCAUUUCACUCAUCAUUGACUUGCUUUACGAAGUAGGUACUCAUCACUCCUUUCACUCAUCACUCACAUCACCUGAGCACUCAUCACUCCUUUCGCUCAUCACCUGAGCACUCUUCACUCCCUCUUCACUCCCUCUUCACUCACUCUUCACUCACUUCAUUUAUCCAUCGUACCCGUCAUUCACCCGAUGUUCUUCAUUUUAACUUUGGCCUUGAUCCAUUGAUAUUUCCUUUUUCCUUUUUCCCUUUUCCAGCUUCCCCUUCCCCUUCCCCUUCCCUUUUCCCGUUUGCAUUGUGCAUUUUUCCCGACACCCUCAUUUUACUCGAUUGGGUCAAAGUGGAAUGGAAAUGCGCAUGUAAGACCUUGCCUAGGACAUAUUGAACCAGAAAAAGCAAAAGGGAAAUAGACACCGGGUAUCUAGCGCUGGGAACCCCUCCAACAUCUACCUAGCCCUUGCCAUUUCCAAGCUUUCUUUCUCUCUGCAAUCAACCAUCAUCAAUUGCCUCAAUUGCCUCAACCACCUCAACCACCUCAGUCACCUCAGUCACCUGCUUUCGCAAAUCUAGCCACCACCAUAUGCAGAGAAUUUGUGAUUCUCCAACGUGUAACCACCUAUCUCCUACCUCCUACCUCCCUACCGAUUCUCGACUCUUCCGUACUCUCCCAAUUUCUUUCUUCUCUCUUCUCAAAGUAGUCGCAAUAAUCAUAACAAACUUCACUCAAUUGAAACAUCCGACACGACCGACACGGGGCAUUUGGAAUCUGGAAGCUUGCAUAUGCAUUCAUCAGAAGCGCCUCCACACAACUACCUCUGCCUACCUAAUAAACUGACUGACUGACUGACUGAGUGAUUGAUUGACUGACUGCUACCCAACCUUAAACCUUGGAAUCUUAUUGUUAUUAUUAUUAUUAUUAUUAUUCAUUAUUUCUUAUGGUUACUAUUAUCGUUCCUCUCCCAUUCACCACUGCCACAUCUGGUCAUCACAAAAAAUAAUCAAUACAACUCAACCCAACCUUGAUAUUACUUUUGUCCACUACUCUACCACCACUUCCACCACUACAACAACAACAACAUCUGGAUUCUUUUUCAAAAGGGAAUCGAUCAACAUCAACCAUUUGAUUAAUCAGAAAGCAUUCAGAAGGCAAAUUUUCACAAAUCUCUUUAAAAUUCAAUAUCUAAUUUCAAGGUGACGUUGCCCACCUAGUAGUAAGUAAUAUUUACUAGGGUCCCGCGUUGGUCUCUGCAGCUGGCUGGCUCCCUGUUCUUUCGGUUGCUUAAUUCCUCCAUGGCGACAACAACUUCCGUCUCGCCCGCGACUCUGGAGCGAAAUACCUCACGACGAGGGUAUAACAAUUCAAUUCCCCAUCGUUCCCAAUCAACCAGAGUUAAAAGUACGACCACCGAUUCACCACAACGGUCACAUUCACAUUCACAUCACCAUCGACCGUCAUCAUCACGACAUGCGGCUGUAGAAGAGUCAAUAACCCAGGCGAAUUAUGAGACUGCAAACGUCGCGCAACAAUCAAGAAAAACAUCAAGCAGAGACGGUUCAGCUCCUUCGAGACACGAAUCUACGAGAAGCGCAACAAGUAAUCAUCGAUCAACUCAUCACAGUCGACAUUCAAACGAUAUGGCCACGGCGGCAGCAAACGGCGGGGGCCCAGCCCCCGUGGUGACACCACAAGAAUCCAGACAUGCUGCACACAAGGGAAAAUCGAGAACUACGAUACCAGCACAAUCCGGAAAUUGGAUUUUGGGCAAGACGAUUGGUCAAGGUAGUAUGGGUAAGGUGAAGCUGGCAAGGAGGGCCGAAGGAGGUGAGCAGGUUGCGGUCAAAAUUGUUCCACGGGGAUCCACAGAUGAUAAUCACAACCAAAGUCGAGCUGAUAGAGAAAGAGCCGAUCAUUCGAAAGAAGUUCGCACCGCCCGUGAAGCGGCUAUCGUUACACUCUUGGAUCACCCAUACAUCUGCGGCAUGAGGGAUGUUGUGCGUACGACUUAUCAUUGGUAUAUGCUCUUUGAAUAUGUGAAUGGAGGACAGAUGCUUGACUAUAUCAUCUCUCAUGGAAGAUUAAAGGAAAAGCAAGCUAGGAAAUUCAGCAGACAAAUCGCCAGCGCCUUGGACUAUUGUCAUCGAAAUAGCAUUGUUCACAGAGAUCUGAAGAUUGAGAACAUCCUCAUUAGCAAGACGGGCGAUAUUAAGAUUAUUGAUUUCGGCUUGAGCAAUUUGUUUGCACCACGAAAUCAUCUCAAGACUUUCUGCGGCAGUCUUUAUUUCGCGGCUCCGGAGUUAUUGCAGGCAAAGGCAUAUACCGGACCCGAGGUUGAUGUUUGGAGUUUUGGUAUCGUACUUUAUGUUCUGGUCUGCGGCAAGGUUCCUUUCGACGACCAAAGUAUGCCGGCAUUACAUGCAAAGAUCAAGAGAGGAAUUGUAGAUUACCCAAAUUGGCUGACUCCGGAAUGUAAACAUCUUAUAUCAAGGAUGCUGGUGACUGAUCCAAAGCAACGUGCAACACUACAGGAAAUCAUGAGCCAUCAGUGGAUGAUAAAACAAUACGGUGGUCCACCUGAAAAUUAUCUGCCCGUUCGAGAUCCCUUGACACUUCCUCUGGAUGACGAUAUCAUCAACAGUAUGACCGGCUUUGACUUUGGCCCACCAGAACUCAUUAAACAACAGUUGACUGAUGUCAUCAAGUCUGCCGAAUAUGGUCAUGCCGUGCGUCUGGCAAUGCAGGAACGAGAAAAUUCUGGUCCUCCUCGCGACUCGGAGAGAAAGAGAGGUGUGUUCGAUUUUUAUAAAAGAAGAAAUUCUACUACGAGCCGAGAUACCUUGACGGCACCGAGUUCAGAACUUCUUCAACUCGGCAACGACCCUGUGAAUGCCUAUCACCCUCUUAUUUCUGUGUAUUACCUCGUCAAAGAGAAACGCGAGCGUGAUGCACUCGAAUCUAGCCCAGGCGCAACUUCAAUGCCACGGAUGCCAGGUGAAGCCCCACUACAAAUGGCAGAGAUUUCGGCUCCCAAGCCAGCUUAUACGAAUGCAACGGCCUAUGAGAUGCCUGGUGAGAAAGCUACCGGGGGUCGAUCACGCCCGCGUGCCCGCACUCAUGGCGAGGAUGAAGUGACGGAAGGGAUGAAGAAUGUCAAACUUGGUGGCUCUACUGCCCCUCCAUCACCUGCAAUUGUGGAACCUGUAGAGCAAUCGGCGAGGAAAGAAAGUACUGCUGCUGGUAUUCUGAGAAGGUUCAGUACACGGCGCCGCAAGGAGCCUCCAGCAUCGGAAAAACCCGGCAAUCAUCUCACGGUCGGGUCUUCAAAUGAGCCUUCCACACUGAGAAAGAGUUUCAGUGUGCGCCGGCACCGAGAUCGGGAUGGAGAUGGACAUCUUCGCCCAAGUGGAAGUGAGCGUCAGCAUAGUGAUCUUCUCACUCCACGAUCCGCUGAAAAUUCUGGAAGUUCUAAAUUGGGUCGGUCGACGAGCGUUAAUUCCGCCGAAUACAGACGACGAGAAAAUCGACGAGGAGCCGGGUCAGGAGCAGGAGUUGCGGCUUCGGAAGCAAUGCCACCACGAGUUACCUAUCAAGAUCCACCUCCAACUAGUGGUUCCGAUCAUUCAACGAUGAAUGAGAAACCACCGCGUGAGAGCGAAAGAGCUGGUCUUAAUCCCAGAGCCGCGACCAUGAGAGCCAAAUCGUUGGGUCAUGCAAGAAGAGAAAGCAUACAAGCUCGACGAGCUCGAAGGGAGGAAGCUAGAGAAGCAAAUGUACCCGAGGAGACAGAUGUUGAAAUGGGCGACAAUAGUGGUCUAUCGACCGAACGAGUCGACAAUGCAGAGAAUGUCAAACCCGUAUUUCUCAAGGGAUUGUUCAGCGUAUCUACCACAUCAACCAAACCGGUUCAGGCCAUUCGCAUGGAUAUCAUCAGAGUAUUGAGGCUCCUCGGGGUGGAAUAUACAGAAAUACGAGGCGGUUUCAGUUGUCGGCACAUCCCUAGUAUUGAUUUAAAGAAGGUUGUCGAUGUACCUCCUAGCAGUCACGGAAAUCACACUCCUGGGCAUAGAAGAAAGAUCAGUUUUGGAGGCUUCAUGGGAGGUAAUAAUGCAGAAAGAGAUCGUGAGGAUUUCCGAGAAGCAGAAAGAUCACCACCAAACUCCAGAACUCCACGUAGAGCUCGGGGUCCCGAGAAUAGCUACUCAAAUUCGGAUGCUUCUGAUGAGAGUGUGACUAGACACGGUGAUUCAUCAGCUAGGGCUGUAGGUGAGACUAGCACACAUGUUCAGAGUGACCUUGGCGGUAGUAUGAUUCUUGAAUUCGAGAUCUUCAUCGUCAAGGUUCCUCUUCUCUCCUUACACGGCAUCCAAUUCAAGAAGCUUCGUUCAGGGGGAACUUGGCAAUUUAAGAAUAUGGCAGAUCAAAUUCUUCGCGAGCUCCGACUAUAAUAAAUCUCACGACAGACCUAAACACGAAUACGCUAGUCUCAUGAAUACUGCUAUUUGAGUUGUAAUACAGACCUUCCAAUUAGCUAUUCACGUUUGUUCUUUUCACUUGAACAAGGGAUGUGGGGCGAAUGAGCGAUUGGAAGAAAGACAUACACGCAUUACUCUUGAAACGAAUUCCUUUUGUUAGCGAAAUUGAUGAGAAGAUGGCAUGCAUCGUCACACAUUUUGGGGCCAUUUUGUUUUUUUAAUGCGCCCACAAUUUUCGUUUGUUUGUUCCAAUGCCCGACAAAUGUUUGUGUCGAUUUUCCUUGCGGAACCAAUUUGUGGUUCAUAUAUGUAGUAAUUAUGGGAUAAGAGUCCCUUCUUCCAAGGGGAAUAAGGGACGACAUUUGAAAUUUGGCAUUUCCUUAAUAUUGUGGGGAAGGAAUCUUGGUUUGGGAUAUUUUUAUUGUGAAGGAAGAAGGAGAUAGGAAGGGGAUAAAAUUAGUUGGUUGGCUAGGAGGGAUGUGUGUUUGGGGGCUGUGCAUGCAGUUAGUUGAUUGUGGGAAGGGAUGAGGGAAAGAGUGAAAAUGAGGAUGGAGCUAUGGGUAUGCAGGGCAAGAACAAGGAUAGAUAAUUCCGAUACUGUACUUCUCAAUUUGAUUAACUCAUAGCAGACUCACUGACUUUGUUUUCCAUGGUUUAAGUUUCCUUUUUUGGUUUUGGGUU